GAGAGAGAGAGAGAGAGAGAGAGAGGGAGGGAUGGGGAGCUCGAGUGGUGCUCUCAUGGCGGUCUCAAGGUGGGAGCUUUGUGGGCGAAUCGGAUGACAGUUGACUGGUCUCUUCUUUCGCCCUCAUUUUUCCUGCCGAAAGCCUCUGGAUUCCCUGCUCUUUUGCUUGUUUUCUCCCCGACGAAGAAUCGCUGCUUCUUUUGAACUUUUCUCCCUUCCCUCCAAUGCGUGCAGAAACGUGGAGGAGGGCGACGAAUCCAUCUGGGUCAAUGCGCUUCCUUUGGUCUUCCCGUUCAUGAAUGCGAGUGGGAAAUGGGAAGGAAAGGGGGGGAAUUAUUCCGAGCUCUUUCCUCUAUUCUCGCCCAUCUGUUUCUGUUCCUCGUGGUUGGUUCUAGCGUGCCGUGAGUGCGGGGAAUGGAAUCGCUCCUCCCCUUACACUGGUGCUGUGAUCUCGAUGCCUGAUUGAAGAUCGCGUCGUCUGUUGCUAGGAAUUGUUGAAUGCCUCCAAUUGCUCUUUUUCGUGUCUGAUUCCGCGGAAAAGGCUAAAAAGAUUCCAUCUUUUCCACUUUAUCCUGUGCUCCCCUGUUCUGGCAUCGAAGAGAACAGCAGAUUUUGGGUUUUUUUUUCCUUCUUUUUCUGAGUUUAAAGCGUUCGAGUGUGUCGAGACCGAGAAGUUUGUGACCGGGGACGCGAAGAUGAGCGGUCUCCUGCCGGAUUCCGACGGCGAGAUCGGUUCCGAAACCCUAAAUUCCAGCCAGAGCUCCAUGAGCAGCGGGAGCUGCGAUCGCCGCAGCAGCUUCUCCCGCCCCUCCUUCGACGCCGCCGUGGAGCCCGCCGCGGACUCGUCCGGCGGCGGCCACUGCCCUUGCUCCCCUCCCGGGCUGUUUUCCAAGCCCCACCGCUCGUCGGACCCGGCGUGGGCGGCGAUCCACUCGCGGCGGGACGGCGGGCUCCCGGCACGUCUCGGCCCCCGGGACUUCAAGCUGGUACGCCGGAUCGGGAGCGGCGACAUCGGGACCGUCUACCUCUGCCGGCUCCGAGAGGAGCAGCGGUGCCCGGAGGCGUCGCCGAUGUGUUACGCGAUGAAGGUGGUGGACAAGCUGGCGCUGGCGAAGAAAAAGAAGCUGGAGAGGGCGGCGACGGAGAAGAGGAUUCUGAGGGUUCUCGACCACCCGUUUCUGCCGACUUUGUACGCCGACUUCGACGCGUCGCCGCAUUUCUCGUGCGUGGUGAUGGAGUACUGCAGCGGCGGCGAUCUCCACACCCUCCGCCACCGCCAGCCCGGCCUUCGCUUCUCCGUCACCGCCGCCAGGUUUUACGCCGCUGAAGUACUUCUGGCCUUGGAGUACCUCCACAUGCUCGGCAUCGUCUACCGCGACCUCAAGCCCGAGAACAUCCUCAUCCGCUCUGACGGCCACAUCAUGCUCUCCGACUUCGACCUCUCUCUCCAGUCCACCUCCUCCCCCACCCUCGAACCUACCGCUGCCGCCUCCGCCGACGCCACCGACGACGCCGACGAGCCCUCCUGCCUCCCCGACCGCCUCUUCCGCCCCCGCAAGCCCGCCUCCUCCCUCCCCUCCCCCCGGUUCGUCGCCGAGCCUCCUGUCGCCGCCCGGUCCUGCUCCUUUGUCGGCACCCACGAGUACGUCGCCCCCGAGGUCGCCGGCGGCCGCCCCCACGGCAGCGCCGUCGACUGGUGGGCCUACGGCGUCCUCCUCUACGAGAUCCUCUACGGUCGGACCCCCUUCGCGGGGCCCACCAACGAGGUCACCCUCCGCAACAUCGUGAAGCAGCCUCUCGCCUUUCCCCCGGCUCGCGGCCCGGCCGACUCGGCCGCCCGGGAUCUCAUCUCCGGUCUGCUCGUCAAGGACCCGGCCUCCCGAUUCGGUUCGAGACGCGGAGCCGCGGACGUCAAAGCCCACCCCUUCUUCAAAGGCUUGAACCUGGCUCUCCUCCGCUCCCACCGCCCCCCGGUCAUCCCCGGUCUGGUCCGGUCCAACUCCUGCCGCGAGCGCCAGAAGCCGGCCCGCUUCGACUUCUUCUGAUAUGAACCGUUUUCCUUCUCGUGGUCGUACUGGGGCACGUGAUCUCAUGGCCCAACGGGGCCAGCUGCUACGUCCGGUUCUCACCAACAGACAGGAGCUGGAAAAUUUUCUCCUCUCGUUGUUUCUUUGUUCCCCGCGUCUGCCAAGUAGAAAAGUAUUCCAGGAACGAACGGGGAGUAGUUGGGGAGUUAAUAAUUAAGCCUUGGAAUUAAUGUAUAGGGGCAUGCAUUGACUUGCGAACAGUCCUUCUUGGUAGUACGUAUAACUACAAAAUAUUUUGCCUGC